AUGGCCCAGGCUGUUGCGUUGCAACCUGUCCCAGAAUUUCGCCCUGAUGCCGAAAUUGGAGCCAGUCUCGCGACAAGAUGGCGUGAUUGGUUAUCCGACUUUGAAAUGUUUCUUUUGGCCAGUGGUAUCAUCGAUUCGAAACGAAAAAGGGCAUUAUUACUUUAUCAGGCUGGCGCUCGCGUUCGAGAAAUUUUUAAGCAGCUACCGGACACGGGAGGAGAGGAAGACUUCGAUACGGCGAAGGAAAAACUUCGACAGUAUUUUGAGCCGCAAAAGAAUCGAAGGUAUGAGGUCUACCGAUUUCGACAGGCCAAACAAGAGCAAUCCGAGACCUUAGACCAAUUUCACAUGCGUCUCAGAACAUUAUCUCAAACAUGCGAGUUCACUGAGACCGAAUUCGAAAUAGAGGAGCAGAUUAUCAUCGGGGGAACCUCCUCAAAAAUUCGUAAGCAAGCCCUUCGAGAUCCGAAUUUUAAAUUGAAGGACAUGUUGCUUGAAGGUCGUCGUGAUGAGCAAAGCAGGUUUCAAGCCAAAGAAAUCGAAUCCAAGGAUCCUAACGUGGCUACAACACACAUUAUUUCAAGAAAUUUGCGUGGUAAAAACAACAACAAGAAAACGCUAAAAUGUCAUAACUGUGGAGGCGUAUACCCGCACAAAGGUCCUUGCCCAGCUAGUGGAAAGCAAUGCCGCAAUUGUGAAAAAUUCAACCAUUUUGCAAGUGUUUGUAAAGGGAAAAAAUCUGCACGAUCGUAUAGCCAAUCUUCGAAUUUUUCGUCUAAGGACAAGAAAACAGUUCACCCCCUACGCCAUGACACGAGCAGUUCGUCAGAAGAGGAUUACUUGUAUGCUGUGAACGGAAAUCACUCCAAGAGUCCUAUUGUGAAAGUCACGGUAUGUGAUCAUUCUUUCAAAGCCACGAUAGACACAGGCGCGACAAUUAACGUCAUCAAUUAUGAAACCUUUACUAAAUUGAAUGGUGUAAAAUUGCAGAAAACAAACAUCAAAGCAUUUGCGUUCAAUGCAACAAAUCCAGUCAAAUUCAUCGGAAAGUUCAUCGCCCUUGUGGAAACCCCCAAAGGACGCAUGACCACUGCGACGUUUUACGUUGUACGACCAAGACAUUGCAACAACAACAGCAGCUCUAACCUUAUUUCAUUGCAAACUGCCCAAGAUUUAGGCCUUGUAAGCCUACAUCUGAACAAAAUUACUAUCAGCGACACUGAUUUGAAUAAUCUUUUAAACAAACAUAGCAAAGUUUUUGAUGGCCUAGGAUGCUUGCAUGGAGAACCAGUCAAACUGAGUAUUAAUGACAAACACCAACCUAAAGCACAGCCAGUCCGUCGAAUUCCGUACCACAUGAGGAAAAAAGUAGAAGCUGCCCUACGAGAUUUGGAAGAGGAAGGCAUAAUAGAGCGAAUUCCUGAACAUGAGGGUACUCCCUGGGUAUCCCCUAUUGUUGCCGUCCCCAAAAAGGAUGGAAAAGUGCGGAUAUGUGUUGACAUGCGCCUUGCAAAUGAAGCCAUAGAGAGGGUUAGACACCCUAUACCGACAGUCGAUGAUGUUCGAUUUGAGCUAAAUGGAGCAAAGUUUUUUACAAAACUGGAUUUGCAGCAGGCUUACCAUCAAUUGCCACUUCAUGAGAGCAGUCGAUCUAUCACCACAUUCAACACACAUGUUGGCCUUUUCCGUUAUCAACGACUGGCCUAUGGCAUAAAUGCUUCAGCAGAAAUAUUUCAGUAUGCUCUACAAACCCAGUUACAAGGACUUAAUGGCGUAAAAAACAUCGCUGACGACAUCCUAGUUUAUGGAAAAACCCGUGCUGAGCAUGAUGCAAAUUUGGAAAAGUGUUUACAACGCCUUGAAAACAGAGGACUAACACUCAAUUAUGGAAAGUGUAAAUUUUUGAGCACCACACUUGACUUCUUUGGCCAAAUUUUUAGUAAGGAUGGCACUUGUCCAGAUCCAAAACACAUAAAGGAUGUUGUGGAUGCCCCUGUACCAAAAAAUGUUCAUGAAGUACGCAGCUUACUAGGCAUGGCAAAUUACAGCAGCCGCUACAUUGCAAAUUUUGCUACACUUACAGCACCUCUACGCGACUUGACAAAGAAGAAUGCUCAAUUUCAGUGGACUGAUGCUCAUCAAUUAGCUUUUAUUCAACUUAAGGAUGCACUUACGUCAGCACCCUGUAUGGCCUACUUUGACAAGGAUAAAGAAACUUCAUUACUUGUCGAUGCAAGCCCAGUUGGAAUUUCUGCAAUCCUAUCGCAGAAGCCAAGAAAUUCCACUCAAGCUCCACAAGUCGUCGCAUAUGCAAGCCGCUCGUUAACUGCAGUUGAGCAGCGUUAUUCACAAACCGAAAAAGAAGCAUUGGCCAUUGUAUGGUCCAUCGAACAUUUUCAUCUGUUUUUGUAUGGAGCAGAAUUUACCUUAAUCACUGAUCACAAGCCCUUAGAAAUUAUUUAUGGUCGCAAGAACUCACGACCAUCUGCACGCAUAGAGAGAUGGGUAUUACGACUUCAGUCUUACUCAUUUAAAGUUAUCUACAAGUCUGGAGCUGACAAUCCUGCAGACUUUCUAUCCAGACACCCUUCACAUGUCGCUAUUGACUGUCAUCAUGACACAGAAGAGUACAUCAACUUCAUAGUGAGCAACAGUGUUCCAAAAGCGAUGACACUUAAGGAGAUAUCCGAUGCUACUAAUGAAGACAGAGUUCUAAAGGGACUUCGUGCAGCCAUUCGUUCCAAUCGCUGGAACACUGACAAUGUUGAAAAAUAUCGACCAUUUAAAGAUGAACUCGUCAUAAGUACAAACAACAUUAUAUUGAGAGGAUCAAGGAUAAUACUUCCAGAAAGUCUACAGAAGCGAGCGAUUGACAUUGCCCACGAAACACACCAAGGACUAUCAAGAACCAAAGCGCUACUACGAGAAAAGGUAUGGUUUUUCGGGAUAGAGGAACUUGUUAAAAAAACGAUAGAUUCCUGUCUUGCAUGCCAAACUGUGAGUCGAUCAUCUCCACCAGAACCAAUUCAACCGUCUGCUAUGCCAGAAGAACCAUGGCACACAGUACAUGUUGAUUUCUAUGGACCACUGCCAUCUAAUGAUUAUCUACUUGUCGUAAUCGAUCGUUACUCACGUUAUCCUGAAGUAGAGGUUAUUCGUUCAACGAAAGCCUCUGCUGUGAUUCCAAAACUUGACAAAAUAUUUGCUACCCACGGUAUUCCACUAAUAUUAAAGUCGGACAAUGGCCCACCGUUUAGCAGUGAUGAAUUUGCCAGAUACCUGAAAGCAUUAGGAAUUACACACAAUCCUGUUACACCCUGCUGGCCCCAGGCCAACGGUGUUGUUGAACGCUUUAAUCAGCCUUUGAGUAAGACACUCCAAACAGCAGUUGUGGAAGGGAGGAUAUGGAGGCAAGAGCUUAAUCGAUUCUUGCUGCAGUAUCGCACCACUCCACACACUGUCACAAAGGUUGCGCCAUGCGAGUUAUUGUUUAAUCGGAAGGUACAUGGAAAACUUCCCAUUAUUGACAACAAAUUGGUGAUAGACAGACACAAAGAAGCCAGGGAAAACGAAGAAAAGAGCCAAAAUUACCAUAAACAGUAUGCAGACAACAGAAGAAAUGCUACAAAAAGCACGAUUAUAGUUGGCGAUACAGUAAUUGUCAAACAACAACGAAGAAACAAGCUGUCUACACGGUUUAAUGAAACUCCAUAUACCGUUAUCAGCAGAAAAGGCACUCGUGUAGUUGCAGAAAAUGGUAAAGGACAUCGAAUUACCAGAAACGUGUCACAUUUCAAGAAGUUCAAUGCAGACAAAGUUAAUCUUGCAGAUGAAAGAAGUACAGAUUCAGAAGAUGAAGAAUACAGAUCAAGAACAGGAAAUAAUGAUGGCAAAGAGAAAGAGCAAGUGCAGGAAAAUGAAGCCCAACAAGAAAGGCCAAGAAGACAACGACGUCCACCAGUAAGGUUUGGUUAUCCAAUUCCUUCACAGCUGGUAAAAUGA